UCGGCGCUGUCAUUUUGGUACAGAGCAGAGCGAAGCGCUUAAUUCGACCCGGUCAGGCCGAGAGUCUUUUUCUCUGGGCCUUCUCGUGCUCGCUAGUCCCCCGAUCAAUCCUUGGGAAUUCCUGGCGCCUCUCCGGUAUCCCUGUACUCAACCAGGAAUCAUGUCUUGGGCUGCUCGCCCGCCCUUCCUCCCCCAGCGGCAUGCCGCAGGGCAGUGUGGGCCGGUGGGGGUGCGAAAAGAGAUGCAUUGUGGGGUCGCGUCCCGGUGGCGGCGGCGACGGCCCUGGCUGGAUCCCGCGGCGGCGGCGGCGGCGGCGGCAGCCGGAGAACAACAAACCCCGGAGCCGGAACCGGGGGAGGCUGGACGGGACGGGAUGGGCGACAGCGGGCGGGACUCUCGAAGCCCAGACAGCUCCUCCCCAAAUCCCCUUUCCCACGGAGCCCCUCCCCCUUCUCCUCCUGGGCCACCCCUGCCCCCUUCAGCAGCCGCAUCCCUUGGAGGCACUGGGGCUCCGCCCCCACCCCCACUGCCACCACCUCCACUGGGCUCCCCCUUCCCGGUCAUCAGCUCUUCCAUGGGGUCCCCUGGUCUGCCCCCUCCAGCUCCCCCAGGAUUCUCCGGGCCUGUCAGCAGCCCCCAGAUUAACUCAACAGUGUCGCUCCCUGGGGGUGGGUCUGGCCCCCCUGAAGAUGUGAAGCCACCAGUCUUAGGGGUUCGGGGCCUGCACUGUCCACCCCCUCCAGGUGGCCCUGGGGCUGGCAAACGUCUGUGUGCAAUCUGCGGGGACAGAAGCUCAGGCAAACACUAUGGGGUGUACAGCUGUGAGGGUUGCAAGGGCUUCUUCAAGCGCACCAUCCGUAAGGACCUGACCUACUCGUGCCGGGACAACAAGGACUGCACAGUGGACAAGCGCCAGCGGAACCGCUGUCAGUACUGCCGCUAUCAGAAGUGCCUGGCCACAGGCAUGAAGAGGGAGGCGGUACAGGAGGAGCGUCAGCGGGGGAAAGACAAGGAUGGGGAUGGGGAGGGGGCUGGGGGAGCCCCUGAGGAGAUGCCUGUGGACAGGAUCCUGGAAGCAGAGCUUGCCGUGGAACAGAAGAGUGACCAGGGCGUCGAGGGUCCUGGGGGAACCGGGGGUAGCGGCAGCAGCCCGAAUGACCCUGUGACUAACAUCUGUCAGGCAGCUGACAAACAGCUCUUCACGCUCGUUGAGUGGGCGAAGAGGAUUCCCCACUUUUCCUCCUUGCCUCUGGAUGACCAGGUCAUUUUGCUACGGGCAGGGUGGAAUGAGCUCCUCAUUGCCUCCUUCUCGCACCGAUCCAUUGAUGUCCGAGAUGGCAUCCUCCUCGCCACAGGUCUUCACGUGCAUCGCAACUCGGCCCAUUCCGCAGGCGUAGGAGCCAUCUUUGAUCGGUCCCUCUCCAGGGUGCUGACAGAGCUAGUGUCCAAAAUGCGUGACAUGAGGAUGGACAAGACAGAGCUUGGCUGCCUGAGGGCAAUCAUUCUGUUCAAUCCAGAUGCCAAGGGCCUCUCCAACCCCAGCGAGGUGGAGGUCCUGCGGGAGAAAGUGUAUGCAUCACUGGAGACGUACUGCAAACAGAAGUACCCUGAGCAGCAGGGACGGUUUGCCAAGCUGCUGCUACGUCUUCCUGCUCUACGGUCCAUCGGCCUCAAGUGUCUAGAGCAUCUGUUUUUCUUCAAGCUCAUUGGUGAUACCCCCAUUGACACCUUCCUCAUGGAGAUGCUUGAGGCUCCGCACCAACUGGCCUGAGCCUGAACCUAGAUGUGGUGCUCUUCACGCUUGAGGAGUGUACAUCUCAGAGAGACUCCAAGACCUGGGGCAGGGUGGGAGGGGCCAAGUUCCCAGACCCUUGGUAGGGUGAGGAGUGCAGGGCCAGAGCUGAGACCUUCAAGGGGGUCCAUAACCACCACCACCCCCUGCCAGCCCAGGAGUUUUCUUAAUAUCUCAAGUCAGAGGGGACUCCCAUCUCCCUGCAGUGGCCUUGAGUCUCUGGAUUUGUCGAGGUCUCCCAUCAUUUGGGGUGAUUUCCCACCACCUGCCUGGAAUGGUCUCCUUUCCCCAGCACAAAGCACUGGCUCUGCUCCCAGGAUUUUGCUCCCUUUCUCAUCUUGCCUCAUUUAUUUCCUCAUUAGAAGAGUGGAAAUGGGGAGCUCCCCCAGAGAUGGAUGUUGGGGGGCAGGCCCCCCAAACAGAUGGACAUGAGAGUGGGACUCUGACAGGCCUUCCUCUUCCCAAGCCUGGCAGCUGGGGUCACUUUGGAAGAGGGAGGGGGUCCUGUGACUGACUCCUGUCUAGAGUCUCGUUUUGUUCUCACCUCUUGCAGUCAGACUGAAAAAUAAGGUGGUGGUGGUUAAGAGCCCCUGGGGAUGUAGGAGGCAACUUAACUAUUUUUAAUUUCCUGUGAGGAUAGAGACUUGCAGUUAGACUCAAAGAAGUACUGUACUUCCUCAGUUUGACUAAGAAAUGCCGGUCGGUGGGUUGAGGUGGGUGUUUGGGAAAGGCAGGGCCCUGAGAUGGUCUGUCCCUGGGGCUCUCCAAGCACUGGCCUUCCCAACCAUGCCUACCCCCCACCCCCCAUCCCUUCCUAACUCAGGAGAAGGGGCCUGGGCUGCAAUGGCCUUAGAUGGGGCAGGGAGGGCAGGGGACUGUUUGGUGAGUGUAAUCCUCAGGCCUUUCCCUUCACAGCUACCCCCAGCCCUGGUCACACGGUGUAGGAUGGGGACACAGGACCCUGGUCUGAGAGUUGAGGAGAGGUGGUCAGCCUAUGGAGAUGGGGUGCUGGGGCUGCAUGAUUUUUGCCCUGCAGCUCUUCUCUUUGGGUUUCCUUUCUCCUCUCACUCACACAUAAAAUCGCUUUCAAAUUAAAAUCGCUGCUUUU